AUGACCCAAAUAUCUUAUAAAGCCGAUGUAGAUGUCAUGGAGUUAGUGACAAGGGUUCUCAAACUUUAUAAAGAGAAAUCUCACAACCGAUUGGUAAUCUCUGUUGCAGGAGUGCCUGGAUCAGGAAAAACGACUUUCACAGCUGAAGUGGUGAGAAUUCUUAAUCAAACAAUUCCAACUUUAGUGUUACCACAGGAUGGUUUUCAUUACUAUAGGGGUGACUUGGCCAAGUUUGAAGAUCCCAAAAAGGCAUUGGAGAGAAGAGGAGCUCCUUUUACUUUUAAUGCCAAGGCAUUUGUGGGGGUGAUUUCAAAAUUAAAUGAUCCCUUAUGGGCCACUGUAGAUAUUCAUGCACCCUCAUUUGAUCACCGAUUAAAAGAUCCCGUGGAAAACGAUAUAAAGAUCUCACCAGAAGUUAAGAUUGUAUUCCUUGAAGGUAACUAUGUUUCUUUAAAGGAUCCAAUAUGGACUGACAUCAGUUCAUUUUGCGAUGAAACUUGGUUCGUAGCUACGGAAUGGGAUAUAGUACUCGGAAGGAUAAUUAGAAGACAUUUGGAAGCUGGUAUAGCCGCUACUGAAGAAGAGGCAAAGUUCAGGGCACAGGGAAGCGAUCAGAUGAACGCUGAGUACAUUAUUGCAAAUUCAAAGCCAACUACUGUACUCAUAACAAAUAAUAAAUAA